AUGAAUUACUUGUCAUCAUUUAUAAUAUUAAUUCUAUUAUUUUGUUUCAAAUCACUUGAAAUUAGUGACAAAAAUUUAAUUGAUUCUUUUAAUAUAGAGAAUGUUCCAGUACCAGUAGUUUUAAAUGAUGAAGAAGAUAAUCAUAUUAUAGAAAAAAGACAACGUCGGAGUAGAAGACAAAGAAGAGCAGGAAGACAAAGAAGGCAACUUCUUGCUUCUUUAUCUGCUAUAAUUGCUCAAAUAAGUGUAUUAGGCCAACAAAUCAGUAGUCUUCAAGUUCAAGUAUCAAAUAUAGCAACAACAACACCAGCAACACAACCAACACCAGCAACACCACCACCAUGA